GGACAAGGUAGGUGAGGCAUGGCGGCGUCUGGGGUGUUAGUCAGCUGUUCUGGUGCUGUCUUAUCUUCCUUACUUUAUGAGCAAUUAAGAAGUGGCCAUGCCCAGGAAGGCUUCUUAUUGGGUCAAGUGCAGAGUCACAUUAGUGAGCACAUCAGUGAUUCACAGAUCUGCAAUGAGAAGAUGGAAACUGUUAUAAAUCUGUCAUCUUUUCUGCCAUGUACUAUGAUUGGUACAUUCUACUCAGGGGCUGGUGUCCUAAAUCAUGAAAAACUUACAAAGUACUUGGGAUCAAAUAUGGAGCACAUAAUUGGAUGGUACCGCUGUCGGGGUUCAAAUUGUGAAGAUUUGUACUUAAGGGAAAUGAUGGUACAUCAGCAGCUUUCAGCAGUUAUGACACACACUGGUGGGCACUUCAUUGUGGGCAUCAUGUCAUGCCAUCCAUCUGGAGAUAGUGGAACAUUUACUGUGAACCACAAGUUCAUGAUGCUGCAGAACAAACGUCUUGAAGGAGUACCCCUGCAGGUAGUGAACAUAGGUGAUACAUCAACUACAGACUUUUUCCUAAAACCCUCGGAACCUGCUCUGUAUUCUUCAUCUGCUGUUCAGAAUGUUCUCUCCAAAAUUAACAGUGGAGAGCCAGGAGUAUCAGAAGCUGAAACUCUCCACACAGGGUUGUUGAGCAAGCUGGAAAUGCUGCUACCCAAGUUCUCCUCUGCUCAAGAGGAGCUUGAAAAUGUUCGUAAAGAAGUCAUCAAACUCAGGGAACUGUGUAAUAUGCACAAUCUUAAACCAGACUUUACACCUGAAGCAUUCCAGACAGUUGAUAUAAAAGACCUAAUGGAUUUUGAUGAGGUUCCUGGUCCCUCUCUUAAUGCUUCACCAACUAUUAAGAGAAAAAAACAAGCUACAACCAGAAGCCCAUUGCUCUCAAAGGGCUCAGUAAAUGAGAAAGAAGCCAAACAAGAGAAAGGCACCCUGGAAUCUUCAGAUCCUUUUGGUUUUGUAAAUACAGAAAUGGAAAAACUUAAGGUAAAAACUCAUGGUUCUCCAGGAAGCAGGGGUUCUAGGUCCAGGACAAACACUCCCUCUCCUGCUCGAGUUCCUUUUAAAUCAAAAUCUGCCAUAAAUACAUUACAAAGAACUUCUCGACGUUCAUCAGAAUCUGCUGGCUCCAAUGAAGGGAGUCCUUUACCUGCAAACAAACGCUACAAAGAUAAUAGUAGUUUACCUGCUGCUUCACCAGACAUGAAGAAAGGUUCUCAGGUUAAAGGUAAACCAAAGUCUAGCCGGACUCUCACUCGCACAACUUCAAAGGAGUGUAAUUCCCCUGCUAGGAAUACAAGAAAUCGAAGCCCAUCUGUUACAAGUCCAGUGGGAAAAAAAAUUGAUUAGUUACAUCACAAGUCUAUAUUUUGCACGCUCUUCUGGGUUAAUGUAGCACUUCUGAGGAGUCAUGUGAACUUGGAAUAUUCUUUUCUGCUGAAUCUACAGUAAGAGUCAUUGACACUGCCUAAGUUGCUAGAAGCUCCAUUUGGUUUAUAUUUGGAACUGUUCAAAGUAACUAAUGGAAAGGGCCUGUAUUAUAAUAUAUACACCUACAUGAUCCUUGAAGAAAUGAUUAGUAAUAAACCCCACCAAAAUAAAAAAAGUUUCUAGUUAUGAACCAUCCCUUUGUUUAUUCCCAUCUCUGUUGAGUGAGGAUAUCCCAAGAGAAUGCCACUUUGCAUGAACUCACAAACAAUAAACUCAUCAGAUAGAGGUGUGUCACUUAUUGUAUAACUCUUAAUUGGAAAAAUUUUGUUGGCAAUUUUUUUCAUCUGUAAUUAUUUUUGUAUAGUCUUUUGUCAGAUUCAUGUAAAAGAAUAAUACUGAAAAAUCACUUCAAAAUUGUUCGGCAUUAUCUUCAAAUGAUGUCAGGUACUGUACAUACAAAAAAAAAAAAAAAUUCCUAACAAUCUGUUGAAAUAUUAUAUGCCUACCAAAAUUAGUAGGCAUUUCAAUUAUUGUAAAU